AUGGAAUUUAUUAACCCACCACCCUUCGGAACGAUUGGCGACAUGAGUGGCAGCCCAAAGUACGAGAUAGGUGACACGGUGAAUGUUGUCUGGACUCCCGGUGAGAAAGGAGGCGCCGUAUCCUUAUGUCUCUACCAGCAGAACGAAACGGACGGGAUGUGGUUUGGAGACAUGGAGUACCUAACGCAGAACGCGCUGGACAUUACUAAAUACAACUGGCUUGUUGGAACGAGGAAAAACCUCACGCUAUCGAGACUCUUCUAUCUCAGCGUCUUUCAAGAGGGCAAAGGUCCCUCGGACUCGAACAGUCAUUACUUCUGGAUCGAAGAAAGCCGUGUUGAAGAAGCAGCCCCAACGUCGUCUUCAUCCACCUCUUCCGCGUCAGCAUCAGCAACAGAUCAAGCAUCAACAGGAGCACCGAAUACACUACCGACUCCAACACCGACUGGCUCAAACACCCCCAGCAUCGAAUCGGGUGCACCAUCAGCGAGCUUUCCAGCCGGCGACGCUACAGGCGCACCAAGUCUCACCGACCAAGAAGCCUCAUCAGACAGUUUCCCUAUGGGCGCUAAGAUCGGUCUCGGCGUGGGGAUACCUGUCGCGCUUAUAAUCGGACUGGUGGUAGGAUGGCUGCUGUUCCGUCGUCAUAAGAAGAGAGAAGUCGUCCACGAACUACCCGUUGUCCAACCAGAACAGUACAAGUACUAUCAGCAUGGGAGUCAUUACGGUUCGAACUUGAACGAAGCGCCGCCGAGAUCACCAGCGGAGAUGAGCCAGACUCCGUAUGUUGGUCAAGGUUACAAGGGAUGGGGAGGCGAACCACACGAGAACCCCAAGGCUUCACCUACGCCUGCGACUGUGCCUGUGAGGUAUGAGAUGUGA